AAUUAAACUUGGAAAAUAUUCAAAUUUCAAAUUACCUUCAGGCAGUUUGGUCUCUUAUCACAAAGCCCACAGGAUGUUUGCCAACACUUGGAAUGGGCACUGGAGCACUUCGCCUUGCCAUCAACAAUAGCAACAGCAAUUCAGAUUGAGAUGUGCCAUUGCCUUGGAGGCUUUAAAUUUUAGUUUGUGUUUGCCUUUUUGAUUUUUAUCUUAAAUUUCGGUUCAUUUCCUGUUUGCUUGGUCUGGGAGCUCUCGCCUCGCUCUCAAACCAACUCUCAAAAAGGUUUCGCAUGCCGCCACAGCAUUUCGAGGCUUUGUUAUGGGGCUUGCCAGUUGGCUUUGGAGUGAACAGGAAGUGGAGUGAAAUUACAUUGUCUUUCAGCAUCUUAACUUUUUUUUUUAUUAGUUGUUGCUUCCUCCGUGGGUGGCUGGGUCGUUCGCGCUGAUUCAAAAAAUCCCAUUCACAGUGAGAGCGUAAAAGUGUGAGCGUGGCUGAUAAAAGGCAAAAAGUGUCAAAAGUGAACAUUACUAAAAUAUACUUUGGAUUUCCUGGAGUUGCAGCAGCAGCAACCAGCAAUCAAUCAAACGCACAAACUGCGUAAAAUUUGUGAUUUUCAGCGUGAGAACCUCAGCAUCUGUACCUUUUCAACUAAUUAUUCAUCGGGCCAUCAAACCAUCCAUCCCAUCUCAUUCGCGCGUAUUCAAUCAACCAUUUAUAGACCAGCUUUUGGCUCUCAUUUUAAUUGAAUUUAAUUUAGAGGGCCUCCAAGAUGAGUGAUAACAGCCAUCGUUAUACAGCAAGCGAGUUCAGUUAUAUCCUUCAACGUCAGGAAAGUGAUGUUUCAACAACUGAGGGUUAUCCUUUCAAUGACUUUAACAAUUUAAUGAAGAGUGACCAACAUGGCAGUAACACACAGCAGCAACAGCAUCAGUACUACAGCCAUCAAUCGCAGGACGCACAGCAACCCAACUUAAGUCUACAGCAGCAGCAGCAGCAACAGCAGCCGUAUGCUCAUGAUGGUCUAAACGAAGGUGUGAAUGGUGGAGCAGGUGGGGUAGGUGUUGCCGGUGUAGGAGGCAAUGGUGGCGAUGGGACAUUGGGUGAAGCACUGUCGUCAUUGCCGCAGGCAUCCUUUAACUACAUCAACUCAAUUGUGGGCAGUGGCGUCAUUGGCAUUCCGUAUGCGUUUCAUCGUGCCGGCUUUGGCCUUGGACUUUUGCUGCUAAUACUUGUUGCCUACAUCACUGACUAUUCGCUGAUAUUAAUGGUCAAGUGUGGUCACAUAUGCGGACGUUUCAGCUAUCCAGGCAUUAUGGAGGCUGCCUACGGCAAAUACGGCUACUACCUAUUGUCCUUGCUGCAGUUUAUGUAUCCAUUCCUAGCCAUGAUUUCCUACAACGUUGUGGUGGGCGAUACUCUGUCCAAGGUACUCGUGCGGCUUAUACCCUCCUGGGGUUCGUCCAUGGGUGCUGUGCGCCUAGGUGUGGUCUUCUUUGUGACGGUGGGCAUUGUGGUGCCACUGUGCCUCUACAAGAAUGUUUCGCGGCUGGCACGGGCAAGUUUCAUAAGUUUGGCCUGUGUUGUCUUCAUACUCUUUGCCGUGAUUAUCAAACUCAUAUCGGACGAUUACAAAGUCACGGAUACUGCGGAAUCCUGGAAAUUUGCAAAUUCUGAUGUCAUUCCGGCUACAGGCAUUAUGGUCUUUGCGUUUAUGUGCCACCACAACACAUUUCUUGUCUAUCAAUCAAUGCGUAAUGCGACCAUGGAACGUUGGGAAAAGGUAACCCAUAUAUCAAUCGGAUUUGCUUGGACUGUGGCAGCGCUCUUUGGCAUUGCAGGUUAUUCGACAUUUAGAGCUUUAUCGCAAGGUGAUUUACUUGAAAACUACUGCUGGAAUGAUGACCUGAUGAAUUUCUCACGUGUACUCUUCUCUAUAUCGAUAUUAUUAACUUUUCCUAUUGAAUGUUUUGUCUCAAGAGAGAUUGUUCGAGCCAUGGUCCAUAGAUUUGUGCUGAAAGAACCUAUUAGCGAACUGACCCAGGAAAAGGAUCCCAAACAAGAGAAGGGCUCUGAGGUGGAUGAAUAUUCGCGAAAUAUAACUUUGGCCAUUGUUUUCAGUGCUUUUGUCAUAUCACCCAUGACAGAAUGUUUGGGUUCAGUAUUGGAGCUAAAUGGUCUUUUGGCAGCCAUUCCUUUGGCAUAUAUACUACCCGGACUGGCGUUUAUACAACUGGAUCCCAAUCCUUUGACAAGUCGUGAAAAAUUGCCUGCUCUUGGCCUGGUGGUCUUUGGUGCUUUAGUCACUGUGCUGGGAUCUGCGGUGUUAUUGCCCAGUCUCAGCGAGGAUUGCAGGGCAGAUAUUGUGAUGGGCUAUUGCAAGCAAACCACCUCAAGUGAUAAUUCUACCUUAACGAAUUAAACAAACUAACUGGUCUUAAUUAAACACAUCGACCACACACAUACACACACUAAUAUUAACAUCCAUAAACCUAUACUUAUACACUCAUAUAUACAACAUUCCAAUCUAUCAAAGAAAGUAUUUACAUAUAUUGUUAUAGCCGUACAUAAAUUAGCAACUUGUUAUAUAUGCAAUAUCGAAUACCAAAAAAAAGGAAAAAACAGCCAAUCUGAAACACUCCAAACCAACCUAACCGGAAAACCAAACAAACAAUACUUUUAAGAUAGCAACAAACCAAAAUAACCCCAAAUCAAAAAGGUAUAGCAAUUUGAUCAAACCAAAAGGUAUAGUUUUAAGGCAUUCCCAAGAAAGUUACCUAAACUAAGAGGUGAAACAGAAAAAGUUAACAUGCUGGAAUUUUCCAGUAAGUUAGGCAGGUAUUUUAAGCAAAUUAAAAAACGAAAUGUUAAGGCUUUUAUGACCGUGAAUACACAAGAAACCCCCCAACCAUGCUAACAAACGAAACACAAGAAACUUAUGAAAAGAAAAAUAUAUUUACAAACAGAUACUUGAUUUUAGUUUUACAGGACAUCCCAAAAAAGAUAAAAACACUCACCCUUAGGACGAAGAAAAUUGGUUGGGGAGAAAAUCAUUACAGUUUAUGAGUAUGUUAAGCAAUUUCUAUAUUUGCUCCCCUUACCUAUGGCCAAGAAGUUGGUGAUUCUUAAACAUGAAAUUGGCGUUUCUAAAUGUAAAUAUUUUAAGUUUUUCAUGCAUUAGAUUGUAAAAAUAUUUAAUGU